AUGACUCCUGCAAUGGUGAAUAUUCCAGCAACCAAAAACGUGCCUGGCCGUGCCUAUGUUACUUUCUUGGCCGGGGAUGGUGAAUAUGUGAAAGGGGUGGUGGCUUUGGCUAAGGGCUUGAGGAAGGUGAAUGCUGCGUACCCUCUUGUGGUGGCGGUUCUGGCCAACGUCCCUGCGGAGCACCGCUGCAUGCUGGUGAAUCAGGGUUGUAUCAUUCGUCAGAUUGAUGAAGUCCAUCCUCCUGUUAGUGACAAGGGCAGUCCCUAUAUCAGAUCCUACUUUGCACUCAAUUACUGUAAGCUACGUCUUUGGGAGUUUGUGGAGUACAAAAAAAUGAUAUACCUGGAUGCAGACAUUCAAGUGUUUGAUAACAUAGACCACCUCUUUGACUCGCCGGACGGUGGCUUCUACGGCGUUGUGGAUUGCUUGUGUGAGAUGGAUGGUCCGCCGUGCUCGCAGAAAGUCCAGUGGCCGGAGGAGCUGGGCCGUGAGCCACCGUUCUAUUUCAAUGGCGGCAUGUUUAUGUUCGAGCCUAGUAUUUCUACAUAUCAUGAUCUUUUGAACACUCUGAAAAUCACCCCGCCAUCCCCAUUUGCAGAGCAGGACUUUCUUAACAUGUUCUUUAGAGAUAUUUUAAGGCCAUUACCGCCGGUUUACAACCUACUGGUGGCAAUGCUGUGGCGCCACCCGGAGCUGGUCGAGAUGGAAAAGGUGAAAGCGGUACACUACUGUGUGGCAGGAUCGAAGCCGUGGAAGUACACUGGGAAAGAAGAGUACAUGGACAGAGAAGAUAUCAAAAUGCUAGUGAAAAAAUGGUGGGACAUUUACAACGACGAGACAUUGGAUUACAGGAGUGGCGGCACCAUCACUGGCCGUGGUGUAGCUGAUGGUAAAAAUUGGGCUACGCCUAUUCUGAGGCCGCUGCCGUUAGACCCGCCGCUUCAUUGGCGGCGCAGCUUGUUUACCGGACUUUUCCGGUUUUAA